AGAAUGAAGUGGUGCAGCUUUUGUGGGAAGAGCCCGGCAAGUUGGUGGCAAUCACUUACUCCUCGAGAUGUGCUGUCAGGGUGAGGUCCAGAGAUCAGCUGGGCCAACUCUUCAUUGUCAAAAUAUUUAAAAGUUCCUGGGGGAUGCAAAAUGUGUUCUGAGUGACACUUUCCUGAGAGAAAGGAAGAUUCCAGAGUCUGAAUCCUGAAGCUCCUCUCAACAUGGAUUCAAGAAGUCUUUCACAUUUGGGUCCCAAAUACCUCUAUGUUAGUCUCUGGGACUUUGAGGCACGGACAGAGGAUGAAAUGAGCUUUAAGGCUGGGGACCUUUUUCACAUAAUAGAGAAGAAGGAAGACUGGUGGAGAGCCACAAAGCUUGAUGCUGCUGGAAGGAGCCUGGAGGAAGGCUAUGUCCCUCACAAUUACUUAGCUGAACAAGAGACAAUGGAGAUAGAACCAUGGUUUUUUGGACAGAUCUCUCGUUCAGAAGCUCUGCAUAGGCUCCUUGCAGAAGAGAAUAAAACUGGCACCUUCCUCAUCAGGAUCAGUGAGAAGACAGGAGCAGACUAUGUUCUCUCAGUUCGGGACAACCAGAUUGUGAGACACUACAAGAUCUGGAGGAAUGCUGAGGGAAGAUACCAUAUGAAUUCAGCUCUGUCCUUCCCCGAUCUUGCUGGCCUAGUGCAGUAUCACAAAAGUAAGACUCUGUCCCACGGCCUGAGGCUCAGCACACCCUGUUGGAAGCAUGAGUCAAAACCAUUGCCUCACUGGGAUGACUGGGAAAGACCCAGGGAGGAGUUUAGCCUGACCAGGAAGCUGGGCUCAGGAUACUUCGGGGAAGUCUUUGAAGGAUACUGGAAAGAGAAAGUCAAAGUGGCUAUUAAGGUCAUUGGCAAGGAUGCCCUGAUGCACCAGAACACCUUCUACUCAGAGAUUGAGGCCAUGAAGAAGCUGCGCCACAAACACAUUCUCUCUCUUUAUGCUAUCUCUUCCAUUGGGGACCCUGUCUACAUCAUCACUGAACUGAUGCCCAAAGGAAACCUUCUGGAACUCCUUCGAGACACCAAAGGGGUAAAAUUGCCCACCACGGAGCUUGUGGACAUAGCAUCUCAAAUAUCAGAGGGCAUGUGCUACCUUGAGUCACAGAAUUAUAUUCACCGAGACCUGGCUGCCAGGAACAUCCUCGUGGGAGAAAAUAACAUCUGUAAAGUGGGAGACUUUGGGCUGGCCAGACUUAUCAAGGAUGAUGUUUACCUUUCCUACGCACACAACAUCCCCUACAAAUGGACAGCACCAGAAGCCCUCUCCUAUGGGUAUUAUUCAAUCAAGUCUGAUGUCUGGUCCUUUGGAAUUCUUCUCUAUGAAAUUUUCAGUGGUGGACAGAUACCAUAUCCAGGGAUGUCCAAUAAUGAGGCUCACACAAAAGUCCUGGGUGGCUUUCGGAUGCUCCGCCCCACAAAAUGCCCACCCUCCAUCUAUGACCUCAUGUGUAAAUGUUGGAAUCUGACUCCAGAAGAAAGACCCUGCUUCAAAACCCUCAAAGAAAAACUCAUUAGCUUCACCAAUUAUGAAAACCCGCUCUGA